AGAAUGUAAAAGGAAUUUUGAACUUUAGUAAAUUCUUGAACCUAAAAUUCCCCACAAUGUAACUAGAAUUACUAGUGUACUCAGGAGCCAUAUUUAGUCCACUUGAACGUCAUUUUUCAACUGAAACAAUGAGCAACCUCAGGAGUGCAGUUAUCCUCGGCCAGCUUAUCCGUCGCCAGAUGAGCACGGUGAAAGAAGUCCCUUCUUCCCGAUUCCAGCGCCUCAAGGAAGUUCAGGCUAAAUACGGUGUUGAAGAUGGUAUCCCAUCCUACAUGAAGGGUGGUUUCUCUGACCGCAUUUUGUUUGGCACCACCCUAAUUCUGACUGCUGUUGGUUUGGUGAUGUCUGGUGAAGUUCUGUACAAACUGUCCUACCCUGCUAAGGAAUAACUUAAUAACAAAAUUCUAGUAAAUAAAGUUUAGUCCUGCAAGAACUGUACAUGUGAAGAUAGAAAAUGUAACUGUUCCAUAUUUAAAUGUAUUCUUUGUUGAUUGAAGUAUGUAUAACCAAAUUAACAUCUGAAUGGAAAUGAUAAACAAAGAAAUAAAGUGAUAAAGAGUACUAAA